UGAUUGGCGUUGCCAUGGUGCGCGUUGCUAUGUGACGCUUGAUACUCAGGACGACGCUGUCCUCCCGGUGUUAGCCUGUUAGCAAGAAGAAAUGGACGACACUUUCACGCUCGGAGAACCUGGAGUUGUGAGGAAUAGAACUAGACGUAGAGAUCGUCAUGCAACAGACCAAUCCAACUCAGAGGACACACGGCACACAAGGAAGUCCUCCACCUCUGCAUCGAUGGGAGAGGAUGAUGAUGAGGGGCCUCCACCUAAACCAGCCCGGAGGCAAGGAGGCUGGGCUGAAGAAAGCUCUGGUUCUGGGUCAGCCAAAGCUUCAAGAAGACCAGCAGCUGAGGACCAGGAAGACCGCCGACUGCGACCACAAACUCCCCAGGGAUCAGAUGAUGAAGGAGAUAUUCCAGUUAUUCCAGACCUUGAUGAAGUACAGGAAGAAGAUCUCACCAUGCAAAUUGCAGCUCCACCAAGCGUUCAGGUGAACCGGGUAAUGACCUACAGAGAUCUGGACAAUGACCUGAAGUACUACUCUGCGUUCCAGACCUUAGACGGAGAGAUUGACUUGAGGCUCCUCACCAAGGUUUUAGCGCCGGAGCAGGAGGUGAAAGAGGAAGAUGUGAGCUGGGACUGGGAUCAUCUGUUUACAGAGGUGUCCUCAGAGCUGCUGAUGGAAUGGGAUCAAGGAGAGAAUGAGGAACAGGCAGCAUUGCCCGUAACAUGAGGAGGAGGAGGAGGAGGUGCAAAAUGAGACUUUUUAUGGCUCCAGUGGGAACUGGGGGAAUACAACAUUAAACAGCAGGACCAGUGACUUUGGUUGGAUUAACUUUAAUUAGUGUUUGUUAUCCAGAAUGUAUAUUUUGUAAAUUGUAUGUGCCAUAUUUGUUGUGUUUUUUCUAAAUAAUCUACACAUUGCAUUAAACAGUGAAGUUUUAGUUUCUCUGUGUAGUUUUUUGGAAUUUUAUUGUUUUUCAUAGUUUUUGACGUAAAAGUCAAAAGGCAAACUGAUUUUGUUGGAGAGCACCCAGCAAAAAUAGCUGUCACUGAUAAAAAUGCCCUCCCUGUACUGGCAGCAUUAUCAACACCUUCAUACAAGUCCAAGGUUGAUAAUCAGCUAAGCUGAAAUCCAGUUGAUUGUGUUCAAAUUAACAUUCCUCAUUAAAGCCCACAACCUUAUUGUUA